AUGGACGUAGGAGAUAUUGGGGGGAUUUCAAACAUAGGUACUGGGAAGAAAAAGGAAGGUCCUUAUACUUCAGAGAAAUAUAAAAUCCAGACUGAGAAUAUAGGAAAAGAUGUUUGUGUGGCAGUGUGGAAAAACCACCACAUGAGGACGGUAACCAACUACUUCAUAGUCAAUCUUUCUCUGGCUGACGUGCUCGUGACCAUCACCUGCCUUCCAGCCACGUUGGUUGUGGACAUCACUGAGACCUGGUUCUUUGGACAGUCCCUCUGUAAAGUGAUUCCUUACUUACAGACCGUGUCAGUGUCUGUGUCUGUCCUCACCCUGAGUUGCAUUGCCUUGGAUCGAUGGUAUGCGAUCUGUCACCCUUUGAUGUUUAAAAGCACGGCCAAGCGGGCCCGGAACAGCAUCGUCAUCAUCUGGAUCGUCUCCUGCAUUAUAAUGAUUCCUCAGGCCAUUGUCAUGGAGUGCAGCACCAUGCUCCCCGGCUUAGCCAAUAAAACCACUCUCUUUACAGUGUGUGAUGAACGCUGGGGUGGUGAAAUUUACCCCAAGAUGUAUCAUAUCUGUUUCUUUCUGGUGACAUACAUGGCACCGCUGUGUCUUAUGGUAUUGGCCUAUCUGCAAAUAUUUCGUAAACUCUGGUGCCGACAGAUCCCUGGAACGUCAUCUGUAGUUCAGAGAAAAUGGAAGCCCCUGCAGCCUGUUUCACAGCCUCGAGGGCCAGGACAGCAGACCAAGUCCAGGAUUAGCGCUGUGGCCGCCGAAAUAAAGCAGAUCCGGGCCAGACGAAAAACAGCCCGGAUGUUGAUGGUUGUGCUUUUGGUGUUUGCAAUUUGCUAUCUACCAAUUAGCAUCCUCAAUGUGCUAAAGAGAGUAUUUGGGAUGUUUACCCACACUGAAGACAGAGAGACUGUAUAUGCCUGGUUUACAUUUUCACACUGGCUUGUAUAUGCCAAUAGUGCUGCGAACCCAAUUAUUUAUAAUUUUCUGAGUGGAAAAUUUCGAGAGGAAUUUAAAGCUGCAUUUUCUUGCUGUUGCCUUGGAGUUCACCAUGGCCAGGAGGAUAGGCUUACCAGGGGGCGAACGAGCACUGAGAGCCGGAAGUCUCUGACCACCCAGAUCAGCAACUUUGAUAACAUAUCAAAACUCUCAGAGCAAGUUGUGCUCACCAGCAUAAGCACACUCCCAGCGGCCAAUGGAGCGGGACCGCUGCAGAACUGGUAGAAUAUUCAUCCACGUGACAGGGAAAACAAUUCUUUUUUAAAGCUCUGUACACAGAAAUUUUAUUAUCCUAAUGAUCUGAAGCUAAAAUUACUUUGUGGAGCCAUUUUUCUUUUUUUCAAAAUCGGUUGAUCUUUGGAAAUAAAAUACGACGGUUUAAAAUAAUUUCUCAACUUUUGAUUUAAACAUGUGAGAAGUUUAACUUUCAACUGAAUUUAUUGCAGGCUAUUUCACUUUUAGUUUUGUGUAUUAUGAUUCGUCAAUUAAAUGUUUGAACAUUUCUAAUGCUAAUUGUUAUUUUAAUCUCUCACAUUCAAAUUGCUUGCAAAAAAUGACCAAGAGUUAUCCAAUGACUUUCUUUGGCUACUAAAAGAAGUAGCAAUUACCAACUGAAUUAACAACAGAUAUGUUAGCUGACUUUAUAGUUUUAACAAAAUCACAAAAACUGUCAUUACAA